AUGAGCCAGUCCUACUUCCCCGAUCAAGGCUCCUCCUCGCGCAGUCCCCAAGACGAAGAUGCAUCAGACCACGCCAACUUCGACCACGAAAUGGACUCUCCAGCCCCCAUCCGCCCUCCUAACUACCGCCCAGAAUACAUGACCGUCGGAUCUGGAGGACAGUCGUCUCAUGCGGCCGCGUUGAUGGAGCAGUUGGAACGAGAUUCUGGAUAUGGCAGUAUGCCGGGUGACGUGCAGCAGCAGGGUGGCGAGAUGAGGACUUGGGAGAAUGAACUGCUGCGAGAUAGACCUACGCCAGCACAUACUCCCCAGGUCGACGGGCAACCUGCGAAAAUGUCCGAAACCGAGAAACGAGCCCUUGCCAGCCACGUUCAUCAACUCUAUUACAACCAGAAUCGAGUGGCGCUCGCCAAAGCCAUCAGUCAGACCGUAGAACUGCUGAAGCAAUUACAGGAGAUGAACACGCAGUGGCCGGCACAUUACCCUUCCGUGCAAAGGUCCGAAGACGACCGGCACCCGCAGAGACCGGCCUUGACCCAGGCCCAGUCAACUCGGGACGAGUCCGAUUUAUCGAGAGAGGUCUUUCUCAAGAAUCGUCCCGGGGCGCUCAGGCGAGCCGGUACAUCGAUUGGGGAAGACACAACAGCCGAGUCGAGCUCGCAGGCGCACCAGAGAAGGACGCCUGAACCCCGAUUGAUCACUCCACAGAUUGCACAGGAGUUCUCCAUCCUCAAGCUGGAUCUAAAGGUUGGCGCACUGUCGCAGACUGAACUGGUUCAUUCGCUGGAAAAGAAGUCGAUUGCUUCCCUGCUGGAUGGAAAGAUCAGCCAGAGCGUGCGCCACCUCCUCGCCCUUCGGGAUCGGAUAGAGGAUACUUCAAGCAAGGUGCUGGUAACGGGUGACCUCAAUGCUGGGAAGUCGACGUUCUGCAACGCAUUGUUACGGCGCAAGAUCCUUCCCGAAGAUCAACAGCCCUGUACCAGCAUCUUCUGUGAAGUCUUGGAUGCGAAGGAGAAUGGUGGACAUGAAGAAGUCCACGCCGUCCACAAGGAUUCAAUCUACAAUCGAAACGAUGAGAGUACCUACGAUGCCUACUCGUUACAAGAGCUGGAAAAGAUUGUCGUGGACAAUGACAGGUAUAUGCAAUGUAAGGUCUACGUCAGAGAUGUCCGGACAAUCGAUCAAUCGCUGCUGAACAAUGGUGUCGUUGAUAUCGCCCUGAUAGACGCACCUGGUCUAAAUUCAGACUCGGUCAAGACGACAGCAGUUUUCGCGCGUCAGGAAGAAAUUGACGUUGUCGUCUUUGUGGUCUCGGCGGCAAAUCACUUCACACUCUCUGCCAAGGAGUUUAUAUGGCAAGCUGCACAUGAGAAGGCAUAUAUCUUUAUGGUGGUGAAUGGAUUCGACAACAUCAGAGACAAAGAGCGAUGUCAAAAGAUGAUUCUCGACCAGCUCGCCAAGCUCAGCCCGCAGACAUUCAAAGAAGCACAAGAAUUGGUGCACUUCGUGUCCAGCAACGCCAUUCCCACGCAACCUUCAUUACCGCCUAGUGGAGACGACGGCGGCGCAAGCGGGUCUGGACCUUCACAUCCUCCGGAUGGUGACGAUGGUGAUGACGAUUCUGGAAAGGGUAAAGGCAAGGACAAAGAAAAGGUGCAAGACUUUGAGGUUUUGGAAGGAGCUCUUCGCAGAUUUGUUCUUGAGAAACGAGCACGGUCGAAGCUAGCGCCUGCCAAAACCUAUCUGAUGAACUGCUUGGGCGAUAUGAAUGUCCUAGCAACCGUCAACCGGGACGUCGCACAAGCUGAAUUGGAGAGAGUCUCCAAGGCUCUCGACGAAAUCGAACCCGAAUUUGAGGACAAGCAGAAGCACCGAAGUAUAAUCUCGGAACAGAUUGAGAAAGAUAUUGAUUCCACGGCGUCGAACGUGUACAACCAUACAAGGGCGACCUUGUCCAGUACAAUCGCCAAUGUGGGCAAGGAAAAUCACGGUAUCGAGUACCCAGGUCUGUGGUCAGCUUUCCAAUAUGCGGAGGAUCUUCGAAUCGCCAUGCUCGGCCAGAUCUCUGCGGCGGUCACCAACUGCGAAUCCUACGGUCGAGCCAAGACGGUAGAGGGUGUCAGCAUGAUCAAGUCUCUAGGGCUGUUGCAUGUCGGUGAAAGCUAUGAAAAUCUCAGUUUCCAAGCAGACAAAAUGUUCCAGCGACGGAAAGAUGCCCUCGUGCGAUCGGUGGACACGGAUAUUGAGAUCUGGGACUUCUUCGACAUUGCAGGCUUGUGGGAGCGACAAGAGAAGACCGUGGGAACCGGCCUCGCUUUGACAGUCAUGGGCACUGUCGGUACCAGAGCUGUUGGUGGUGUUGGCUGGGUUGAUGGUGCUUUCGGCGCAGCAAAGAUUCUGGGCAGCCAGAACUUGCGGAGGUUGUUUGUUCCUGGAGUGGUUGCUGCUGCUGUUCUCACCGUCGCCUAUGUUUUGUCAAACAUCCCACAGACACUCCCUCCCCGACUAGCGUCGAAACUUUCUGCCACUCUCGCCGAGAUGGACUAUACCCACAGCAAUGCCAACCGCAUCGCCGCCGAAGUGCGACGUGUGCUCCGCUACCCAGCACAACGAUUAACGACAGACCUCACUCAAGGUGUGGAGGAGCUGAGGCAAAAGAAGGAAGACGUGACCAAGAUCAAGCGUGAAAGCGAGGUGGCCAGGAAGUACUUUGGCAACCUCGUCAGGGACUCUUCAGAAACUCGACGACGGGUGUCUUCAAUUGACCUUGAAGGCUUACCGGGACCUGUCGGUGCAUAUGCCUGA